AUUUGGAACGACCGCGCUUGCGCAAACACACGACAGUAAUUUCCGCCUGUAGUCUGUUUGGAUAUUUGUUUCGAUAAUUUUCCGAUCGUGACAUCUAGAAGGUUAAUAAAGUACAAGAAAUGGCGUUGAGCUACACCAGAUUGUUCUGUCAGAAGGGCUUCAAUGCUGGCCAGUUCAAGAGCAUUCUGACCCCCAGUUCGAUGGGCCUGUCCUCGACGAUGAGUAGAUGCGUUGCAGUUCAAGCCUGUGAGUCUUAUGCUGAGAAAAAUAAACGAUUGAAGAGGCCAAUGUCACCACAUUUGACUAUUUACAAACCACAAUUGACAUCUAUGCUAUCAAUCACACAUCGAGGGACUGGGAUGGCUCUUGCAUUUUAUGCAACUGGUGCUGGUGCAGCAAGUCUAUUUCUACCUGGAGGAAUGAAUUGUGUCCUCGAUUCGAUUGCUGCGAUGGAACUGGCAAGUCCUCUUCUUUUCCUUAUGAAAUUCGCAGUUGCCUGGCCAACAAUGUACCACUACCUCAAUGGCAUACGUCACUUGGCGUGGGACAUGGGACAAUUCCUCACGAUCAAGCAGGUUUACUCCACCGGCUGGACUAUGCUCGGCUUAUCAGUAGUUUCAGCUUUCAUUCUAUCUCUCAUGUAAUUGAAACUAAAAAUCAAGAGUUAUCGAAAUAUUCAUUGUAUUAUAUCUCUACAAUAAAAUUAUUGAGUAAUUUAUAGAA